AUGCCUUCAGCCGUGGGCGAGCAGGCUGUACCCAGCGUCCCCAGCGUCCCCAGCGUCCCCAGCGCCCCCAGCGCCCCUAGCUCUGCAGCUACAGGCAGAACUACCCAGCAUUCCGAGGUUGCAAAGGCGGCUAUGGUGAACCGCAUCAUGGCGGCAGCAACUCUCGAAGACAUAACCAACUCCGUCCUUCCACAACCUCUACACAACCCAACCAACUUUCUCGCCCCUUCCACUGCACACACCUCAGCUUUGGGUCGAGCCCUUCAGUCUCUCAAUAUGAGUAGCCCUACUUCACAAGAUGGAUCCGCCUCGCCCUCAAUCAAUACCCCCACGGGCAGCAGCCCCUCCACGGCUCCUGGCAGCCCGCGACUACCACCAGUCCGGCAAAACUCCGGCAGUGUGACUCCUAGAAUUAGAGCUCCCGCCACCACCUUGAACAUUCCCGGUAUGACUCGAUCUCGAGUCUCCCCCGACGGCAAGAUCGCACAGAGAGAUGUGGGCGCCAAGUUGGUUCUUGUGAUGGUUGGCUUGCCAGCCAGAGGAAAGUCAUACAUCACGAAGAAGAUCCAGAGAUAUCUCUCCUGGCAACAACAUGAGUGUCGCAUCUUCAAUGUUGGCGCUCGACGACGAGUUGCUACCGGAAGCGGCCCUAUAUCAUCACCUCAAUCCCUUACGCAGUCGCCAAAGAAGAGUAGAUCAAACCUCACUCCAUCGAUCGCUGGAAUCGUCGACGCGCCAACAGAGGCUGCUCACGAAGCUGCCCAGAUUCUUCUCAACGGAGUCUAUAGUCCACUAAAAGAGGAGAACGACCUAGACAAACUGCCAAGCGCUGAUACGAUGGAGCAGUCCGCUGAGUUCUUCGACCCAAAGAAUCAGAAAGCCUCGCAGAUUCGUGAGCAGGUUGCUCUGUCAACUUUGAACGAGCUCCUCGACUUUCUUCUCCACGAGGGAGGAUCGGUCGGUAUCCUUGACGCUACAAACAGCACGGUCGAGCGCAGACAGAUCCUUUUCAACACGAUUAAGGAGCGCGAGCCCAAGUUAGGUAUUCUCUUCAUUGAAAGUGUCUGCGAGGACGAAAAGUUGCUAGAGGCCAACAUGCACCUGAAGCUGAAGGGUCCGGAUUACAAGGAUAAGGAUCCGGCAAGCUCGCUCGCCGACUUCAAGAAGCGUGUCGCUGCAUACGAGAGCGCCUAUGCUCCAUUGGGUAAGUUCGAAGAAGACAAUAAUAUGCAGUACAUCAAGAUGAUCGACGUCGGUCGCAAGGUUAUCCAUUACCGCCUCGAAGGCUUUCUCUCGAGCGGUAUCGCCUCCUACCUUGCGACAUUCAACCUAUCGCCGCGGCAAAUCUGGCUCACUCGCCAUGGUCAGUCGGAAGACAACGUCCUCGGCAAAAUUGGUGGAGACUCUAAUCUCACCGACGCUGGCCACGACUACGCCACUGUUCUCUACAAUUUUGUUUCGAGCAAGCGUGCAGAGUGGGAGGAAGACCAGAAGAAUAGAGCUACUGGGGCUCAAGACCACACGUUACUGCCUGGCAGCCAGAGCCCACCAUACCCGGACAUCUUGGGAGAUCUUGAUGAGAAGAACUUCUGCGUUUGGACUUCGAUGCUCCAGCGUAGCAUCCAGACUGCUGAGCACUUCCAAGACGAUGAGAACUACGACGUCAAGAACUGGGAGAUGCUCAAGGAGCUGGACGCCGGUACCUUUGAAGGCAUGACCUACGAGGAAAUCGCUACGAAGUUCCCAGAGGAAUAUGCCAAGCGUCGUGCCGAUAAGCUCAGCUAUAUCUACCCGGGUGUUGGUGGUGAGGGCUAUCUCCAGGUCAUCAGCCGACUCCGGGAUAUGGUUCGAGAAAUUGAGCGCAUCAAAGACCACGUUUUGAUCAUCGGUCACCGCUCCGUUUGCAGGGUCUUGAUGGCCUACUUCAUGGACCUUACCAGAAAUGAUAUCGCCGAUCUCGAUGUACCUAUCGGCAUGCUGUUCGCCAUUGAGCCAAAGCCAUAUGGCAUUGAAUUCCACGCCUACAAGUACAACGAGGACGGCUACACCUUCGAUGAGAUUCCCAAUUACAAACCUCAAAAGGCCAUUAGCGACACCAACUAA